AAUUUAUACAAGAUCGUCCAAAAUAUGCAGCAAAAUCAUAUGACCAAAUUGCUAGAGCAUUUAAUCAAUUUGAUGGAGUUUUAUAUAGUGCAAGUUCACAGGAAGCCAAAGGUGAAGUACCAUAUGACGCAAUACAAGCAUAUCCAAAUGUUAUGAUACGCGCAUGUUUCUUACAACGUACUUUACAUUAUUUACGUACAGAAUUAUAUCCAUAUGGUGUGCCAGCACAAUUAGCCUCAGGCAGCUUGCCACAGAAUAAAUUGUACUAUCAAAUCUAUGGUGAAUUAGAUACAGCAUCCCAAUAUGCGACUAAUAAUAAGAAUUAUAACGUGGAUCAGGACCGUAAAAGACAUGCUGAAAAUUGUGUCUUAGGACGCACUACACCAUAUUACAAACUAGAAUUCUGCAAGGAAAAUAGGGAUGGCGACCUCAUAGGUUGCACUUAUCUAACGACAUUCUAUCAAACAUUUAGAUCACGGUCAAUGGCAGAACAAGCACAACUUAAUCAAGAUGUUAUAACAUCAUAUUUCAGUGUAACAGUUACUGGACAGUAUUUUAUACGAAUGUAUUUUACACCAUCGACCAGUAUUUUAAAUAUACUGUCACCUGUGGUAAAUAUACAUAUAAGUAUGCAAUUUUAUUUAGCACGUGCUAAUGUUGCACUACAGCCUACAAAGCAAAUUAUUGCACCUUUUCCCGUAAAAGAAAUUGUACCAAGUCAUAAGCGUGGCCAGAAUAUUAUUUAUAAAUUUCAAAACUAUAAAGCUACAACGAUGAUAUAUUUUUGGUGUAUGUCCACAGAACUUACGUUGUAUAAAUCAAUUACACUUACAGCAAAUGAAAAAUUUCGUGUUUUAGUUGAUAAGACACAAAACUGGACAUUUCAUGCUUUAGAACUUUAUCGAGUAGAUCCAUCAACAAAUGGUACACAUACGUGUAUGUAG